AUGGAUCUGGGUCUGGAUCUGGGUCAGGAUCUGGGUCUGGGUCUGGUCAAGAAUUAUCGUCUAGGUCUUAUUCAGGGUCUAAUAAAGUUGUGUGGCAGAGCCAAGAAGCAACCAUUCUGCCUACUGACCUGUCAGGGUUAGUUGAGAGUAACAGCACUUCUGUGCCUGACCAGCUAAAGCUGGGCAUCUUAGAAAGUUCAUGGGAUGGACUCAACACAACAGCUGAGGGUAAUGUCACUAGUCAACCGCUAGACAGUCAGAUUAUUCAAAGCCUAAAUGUCCCUCUUGAAACAACCGUCCUGUCAGGUUUGGUUGAGAGUAGCAGCAGGGUUCCAACAACAACAGAUGUGCCGAAACUGGACCUUUUAGAAGGUGUGUUGGGUGAACUCAACAUGACAGAACACGCAAGCAGUUCCAUCAUAGAUAGUGAGCUGGUCCAGAACCCUAACGUGUCUCUGGAGCCAUCCAGCAGCAUCAGAAACACCAACAUCAGCUUCAGUCGGAAUGCUAACGAUUCUAACUUGACAGUGUAUUCUGUGGAAUACACUGUCUCAGGUGAUUCACUAACCCCUUCUCAAGGCUCUGUGGUUGCUAGCCAGGCCCCGGUACCUGAACCCCCUCGCUGCCUGCUCAUGGACAGCACCUUCCCCUUCUGCUUGUCCAUGGGCUGGGACAGCUUCUCUGUUCCCAACCACCUCAACCACAGCACCGUGGAAGAGGUCCUCGCUGUCCUCCACGACUGGGCGUGGCUCUUGCGCUCGUCCUGCCACCAUAGCUUGGAGUGGUUCCUCUGCCUCCUCCUGGUGCCCCGGUGUGGCCCCCGGGGCCUGUCCCCCGUGCUGCCCUGCCGGGGCUCCUGUGAGCUUCUGAGGGACAGCUGCUGGUCUCUCCUGGACCGGGGACGCCUCCCGGUGGAGUGCCACUCCCUCCCUGAGAAGCAGGACGAUGGCCAUCAGUGCUUGUCAGUUAGUAACCAGAAAGACGAGAGCGGAGUGUCUCUGCUGCAGUUGAUUGGUGACCCUCCCCCGGAGGAGAUCUCCCGGGUUGAAGGGCCGGACAGGAGCCCUGCCUACGUCUUCGGCCCGGAUGCCAACACAGGCCAGCUGGCUCGCGCCCACCUGCCCAGCCCUUUCUACAGGGACUUCUCCCUGCUGUUCCUCCUGAAGCCCACCUCCACCAAAGGAGGCAUUAUCUUCUCCAUCACCGAUGCCGGCCAGUCCAUCAUGUACGUGGGCGUGAAGCUGUCGGCCGUGCAGGGCGGCAAGCAGAACAUUGUGCUCUACUACACCGAGCCUGACUCCACCGAGUCGUACGUUGCGGCCACCUUCGCCGUGCCCUCGCUGAGGGACACCUGGACGCGCUUCUCCAUCAGCGUGCGCGACGACAAGGUCGUCUUCUACCUGAACUGCGACUCAGACCCCCAGGUGGUGCGGUUCGAGAGGUCGCCUGAUGAGAUGGAGCUGGAGGCCGGGGCAGGGGUGUUCGUGGGCCAGGCUGGGGGGGCCGACCCUGACAAGUUUCUGGGGGUGAUCGGGGAGCUGCACGUGGUGGGGGACCCCCUGGUGGCUGAGAGGCACUGCGAUGAGGACGGGGAUGACUCUGACGGGGCUUCAGGAGAUGGUGGAAGUGGGGACAUUGAGAAGAAGCCAGCAUCGCCUGGAAGUGGAUAUGUCUGGAACGGAGCUAAAUGGAGUUGGGUGAACAAGGACACGACCACACCUCCAUCUUCCCGACCAAUCCAGCAGCCACCUGUGACCAAGAAACAAGAGGGUCCCACGAAGACAGAGACAGGUGCUGGACGGGCGAAGGGGGAGAAGGGUGACCAAGGAGAGAAGGGAGACAGGGGUCAGCUGGGGCCCAAGGGAGACUCCGGGUCUGGCUCCAGCGCUCGAGGAGGCACAAGCGUAGAGAAGGGUGAACCUGGAGAAAAAGGGAUGAAGGGUAAAGCCGGCUUCGGCUACUCUGGACCAAAGGGGGACCCUGGUCCUGCCGGCCCCCCAGGCCCCCCCGGGCCCCCGGGGCCCACCACAGAGCUGGUGGAGAGGGAGGAUGGCUCCAGGGUGAGGACUGUGGGGGGUGGCCAAGGACCGGCGGGACCCCCCGGCCCCGCUGGACCUGCAGGAGCGGACGGGGAGCCUGGUGAUCCUGGAGAGGAUGGGAAUGCAGGUGCAGUUGGGCCACCAGGGUUCCCAGGAACCCCAGGAAGCACAGGAGCCAAAGGAGACAAGGGCGAGCGAGGAGAGGGGCAGCCAGGCCUGAGGGGGCCCCCAGGACCUCCCGGCCCCCCCGCUGCGUCCAGACACGACCGGCCCACGUUUGUGGAUAUGGAAGGAUCUGGCUUCCCUGACUUGGAAUCUAUUCGGGGGCUUCCUGGCUUACCUGGCCCCCCAGGACCUCCCGGCCCCCCCGGCACCCUCUCUAAAGGCUCAGAUGGUCCUGCAUCGUUCGGAGCCCAAGGGCCCCCCGGACAAGAUGGAGCGCCCGGUCAACCGGGUCUGCCUGGCAAGCCUGGUAUGGAUGGCCGUCCAGGAGCUGUAGGAGCCAGGGGCGAGAAGGGGGAUCCGGGGGAGCUGGGCCUUCCAGGAGCAGUGGGGCAGAAGCCAAGCUCCUAUCUUUCAUAUCUCUCCACCCUGCUCUCCCACUAUUCAUCCUUCCCUUCUCCUAAACCUGCUCUCCUGGAGGGAUCAACAGGAAGCCCUGGUCCAUCUGGCCGAGCAGGAGAGAGCGGAUUGGCUGGUCUUCCUGGACCAAUGGGACCCAUCGGCCAACCUGGUCCGGCAGGCCCCCCUGGGAGUGGCUACCGUGUCGGCUUUGAUGAUAUGGAGGCUUCUGGUGGGUUUGGUAUUGGUGUUCCUGGAGUGAGAGGGCCAGACGGAAGACAGGGUCCUCCUGGGGUACCUGGACUGCCAGGCAAGUCUGGUUUGCCUGGGUUUCCUGGUCAGAAGGGAAGUGAGGGGUCUGAAGGACGAGACGGCCGGCCUGGUCUGGACGGCUUCCCUGGACCUCAGGGAUCAAAAGGUGACCAUGGCGACAAAGGUGAACGAGGAGAAGCUGGUCAAGAUGGGACUGGACAUCCAGGGCCGCCCGGCCCGCCCGGACCUCCAGGACAGAUCAUCUACCAAACCUCAGGCAGUUAUGAUGGUGUCGCUGGAAGUGUUGGACCUCAGGGUGGACCUGGUUUACCUGGCCAAGCUGGAUUCCCUGGCCCUAUAGGGCCGAAAGGGGACCAGGGUGACGCAGGCCUGCCAGGAUACGGAAUUAAGGGGGAGAAGGGUGAGCCCGGCUUGAUCAUCGGACCUGAUGGAAGCCCACACUACCUGGGAGGAAUGCUGGGUGACAAGGGCGAGAGAGGCCCUCCUGGACCAGUUGGACCCACUGGUCCAUAUGGCCCUGCUGGUCCAAAAGGUGAAAUAGGAAUGCCUGGGAGACCUGGUCGCCCGGGUGUAAAUGGAUACAAAGGUGAAAAAGGAGAGCCAUCUUCAGGUGCUGGCUUUGGCUACCCAGGUGUCCCAGGACCUCCAGGCCCGCCUGGUCCUCCUGGACCUCCUGUCUCCCUCGACCGUUUCAACAGAUACGACGACGUCUCCAGAAACUAUCCAGCAACAAAGGGGGAGAAGGGCGACCAUGGCAAUCCCGGUGUUCCAGGGUCACCAGGUACCGGCUCCAACUACGACAUUUACAGUUUUAAGAACGAGCUGAAGGGGGAGCGCGGGGAGGGGGGGGUGAAGGGGGAGAAGGGGGAGCCUGGCGGAGGUUAUUACGACCCUCGCUACGGCGGGGGGCAAGGUCGGCCAGGACCGCCCGGAAACCCAGGCCUGCCAGGUCCAAAAGGAGACUCCAUCAGAGGCCCCCCUGGCCCCCAGGGCCCCCCAGGGUCUCCAGGGAUUGGGUAUGACGGGCGGCCUGGAAACCCUGGCUCCCCGGGCCCCCCUGGGCCUCCGGGCUCCCCCUCCCUCCCAGGAGCCUACAGGCCCAACCACCCCAUCAGUAUUCCUGGCCCUCCAGGGCCCCCCGGGACCCCAGGCCAUCCCGGUCACUCCUCAGGGGUGACAGUCUUAAGGUCGUAUGACCUUAUGAUGGCUACUGCCAGGAGACAGGCUGAAGGCACCCUCAUCUACAUUGUGGACAAGACCAACCUCUACAUCAGAGUCCGUGAAGGAUUCAGACAAGUCCUGCUUGGUGACUACAGUCCUUUUUACAGAGAUCUGGACAACGAGGUAGCAGCGGUCCAGCCCCCCCCGGUGGUCCUGUACCCCCAGUCCCAGGACCAGUCGCCCAACAACGGGGCCGAGCACUACUCCCAGGGAGGGGAUGCGACACGCCCCAUCGAGCCUCCCCCUCGCCAGCCAGACCCCAGAUACCCCCCUCAGUACGACCCCAGGUUCCCAGACCCCAGGUACCCCCCUCAGACUGAUGGCCAGUACAACCCAGUUCAGCCAGAGAGCCGGUACCCAGUGACUCAGCGCCGCCCCAGCCCCCCCGUACCCCAGCCGGCUGGCCACGUGCACACUUCAGGGCCCGGACUGCACCUGGUUGCCCUGAACGCGCCCCAGGUGGGGAACAUGCGGGGCAUCCGCGGGGCCGACUUCCUGUGCUUCCAGCAGGCGCGUGCGGUGGGCCUGAAGGGAACCUUCCGGGCCUUCCUGUCGUCCAAACUGCAGGACCUCUACAGCAUCGUCCGCAAGUCGGAUAGAGACAAUCUCCCCAUUGUCAACCUGAAGGACCAAGUGCUGUUCAACAGCUGGGAGUCUCUCUUCAGCCAGACCGCAAGCAGGAUGAAGGACAGCGUGUCCAUCUACUCAUUUGAUGGCAGAGACAUCCUCAGGGACAGUGCAUGGCCAGAGAAGCUCAUCUGGCACGGCUCCAGCCCCCAGGGCCACCGCCAGCCCGACAACUACUGUGAGACGUGGCGGGCGGGUGAGCGUGCGGUGUCAGGCCUGGCCUCGGCCCUGCAGACCCAGCAGCUCCUCCAGCAGACGCCCAGUGGGUGCUCCAGUGCCUACAUCGUCCUCUGCAUCGAGAACAGCUACAUCACCCACUCCAAAAAAUAAACGAGGCAGAAGAGGGGUGGAGGGCUCUAGAAUAUGCAAUACAACUGGUCCUAAUUGGCCUUUUUGCUGACCUUUUUUUUGUUUUUGUUUUUUUGGUCCAUGAAAAGCUGCCCUGAAAACGUAUCGUACGACGAACUGUGUUAGUGUCUCUCGCCCGGUAGAGAAGCUUCCCAAUGUCUACUCCACCUUUCCAUAUGAUGCCAAAGAGGCGGGUCGAACAGAAAAGCAUUUCUUCUUAUUUUGGAGCAUUGGCACAUAUUUUUCCAUGGGGUUGAACAAGUGGAGAACAGUGAGUGUUUUUAAAUUGUAUCCAUAAAAAAAAAAAAACUUGUAUAUGAUAUGUCUAUUGUGAUGUUUAUUGUUGUUUGGUUUUAUUAAUGUUUUUACUUUUACAAACAGUCUUUGAAUUUGGUAUAUUCAACCAGUUGUAGCUCUAAUCUUUGCGUAUCAUUUUCACUUUUAUUUCCAUUUAAGGAUUGUGGGUUACUAAGGGGUACAACAACUUUUAAAUAUUAUUUUACAAAUAAAGAAAAUAGAUAUUUAUUUUUAAAUGAAGUUGUGAUGGCAUAGGAUUUGAUUUGAGUAAAGAAAUUACAAAAUACCCUGAUCCAUAUUGUAGUUGGAACUUUUUCCACAGAAGAUUUUUUCUAAACAUUUACGCAUUCUAGCAAGCUAAAAUAUUAAACUUUCUCUUGAAAUUUGUAUUUGGUCAAAAAUAACUUGUGGAAUAUUAAAUACUGCUAUUCUAAGUGUUGUGUCACAGAUGUAUAAAUGUGAUACAUGAUUUUGUUUACCCAGUAUAUAAUAUAUAUAAAAGAAAAAACUUUUCAUAUCACCAUUUUCUGAGCACCGAAAUCUCAUCUCCUAUUUCGACAUUACUUACAAUAUACUAAGAACACAGUAUAUAUCCAAAACCAUAUAAGACAAGUUUCUUAAGUCUCCAUCUAAAUUGAGGCUCAGACAAAAUUGAUUGAAAAGGUCAAUUUCCCUGUUAAUAGGAAACAUUUCCUGUUGAUAAAUCUGUUCAAUUUGAUGCUGAUUCUUUUUUUGAGUGACUGCUGACUGAUGUUUGUGGAAACCAGAUGUAAUUUAUGACACUUUGCAGUAGACUCAUAAGUAGACAUUAACUUGGCACUAGUGCUACUGUUGUUGUGACUGGACAUGUAUGAACCUGUGGAUAUCCAUUCUCUUUGUAACCAAUAUGUGCUGAACCAUUUCUCCCAGGCACUGAAUAAAUGAUAAAUGUUUUUCAUCCAUGAAAUAA